AUGAAGCUCAACACUCUCCUCCCUAACAGCACCACGCUGCUGAUGCUGUCUACAGCAACCCCGGCACUGCCAACCGCCCCAGUGUCGGCCGCACCCAACAAAACUGCACAGCCAAUCAUCACUCCGGGAACCGGACAUGUCAACCUAGGAGAGCUAGUGCCACCGCCACGUCAAAGGGAAGAACAAGCAGACCACUAUCUCUUCAACAUGACCUUGGAGUCAUUCAUAAGUCUGCGAGACCAACGUUACCCUUCCUAUUUCUUCUGGGAAAGCGACGGUUGUUCCCAGUCGCCUGACUACCCUUUUGGAUUUCCCUUCCUCCCAGCUUGUUACCGCCACGACUUCGGCUACGAUCAGUACAAGAAGCAAAAUAGGUUCACCUCAGAAAACAAGGCCAAACUUGAUCGCAACUUCAGAUCAGAUCUCUACCACAUAUGUUCAGCUCCUGAUCUGGAAUCGGAUAUCUGCCAAGCAUGUGAAGAGGACCCGCACCGACAGGACAUCGACUGCAAGCACAGGAGCGACAUGUGCAAGUUCCCGGCUGAGGAUGUCUGCAAGUGCCUUGCUGACAUAUACUAUACGGCUGUCAAGGAGUUUGCCCGCAAACAGAAGCGGAGACAGAAGAGAGGUUUUAGUGGCUUUAAGCUUCCAAUCAGCUCGAUGGAAUUUCCCAGCAUCGAUAUCACCAAGUUUGGACUGUGUCUGAACAAGAACUUGCAUUCGGAGGACGACAAGCCUGUCGACUAA